CACGAAGAAAACCCAUAACGCUGUCAUUACAGAGCAAGCAAAGCAAAGUCUUGAGAGCUCAAAAAUAUCAAUAUGGAACCUGAAAGCAAGCCAAGUCUCUCUGAACUCAGCAGCACAGCAGCAUUAGGAGAUUACGUUCUGAUAUCAGAGAUUGGGGAAGGCUCUUUCUCCAGAGUGUGGAAAGCCGUGCACAGAGAAAGUGGGGAGGUGGUGGCUCUGAAGCAGGUCUUCCUCUCGCGGCUCAACAGGCGCCUCAAGAAUUGCUUGGAUUGCGAGAUCAAAUUCUUGUCCUCUAUUUGCCACCCCAACGUCGUUCGUCUCCUCAAAGCUUUCCAGAAUGAAGGUUGCAUAUUCCUGGUCCUGGAAUUCUGCAAUGGGGGAAAUUUGGCAGCCUAUAUUCGGCAACAAGGGAGAGUUCAUGAACAGAUCGCUAGGAAAUUUAUGCAGCAGCUUGGGGCUGGUUUGGAAAUACUACAUUCUCACCACAUCAUUCAUAGAGACUUAAAACCAGAGAACAUUCUACUCUCUCGCAGUGAUGAUGAUGCAGUGCUAAAGGUAGCUGAUUUCGGUCUCUCAAGAAGUUUACAUCCAGGUGAUUAUGCGGAGACAGUUUGUGGAUCCCCAUUAUACAUGGCACCUGAAGUUCUUCAGUUUGAAAGAUAUGAUGGAAAGGUGGACAUGUGGAGUGUUGGUGUAAUUCUUUUUGAGCUUCUUAAUGGUUGCCCUCCCUUUCCUGGUAGGACUAAUGUUCAGGUGCUUAAGAACAUCAAGUCAUCUACAUGUCUCCCUUUUGACCAACUCAUCCUUUCUCGGUUGCAUCCAGACUCUGUUGAUAUAUGUUCAAAACUGUUGUCUCGAAAUCCAGUUGUAGGGAAACAAUAUGGGAGGCUGAGUGUUCUCUUCAUGGUCAAGGAGGAGCAUGAAAGAAGAGGAUAAGGGCUGUGAGACAGUGCAAAUGUCAUUGUAGUCUUAACCGAAAAUAAACUUAAACAUUGCAGAUAUGGCACAAUCCAAACCGUAGAAGAUUCUGGUACAUGGGUUAAAAGCAUGGUAUAACCAUGUAGGAUCCCAAUCUGGUAGAGGCUCUUGGUCCUUUGUCUUUAUGAGGAAGCCCCUGACUGAUUGAUGCAUUAUUGCAGUUCACCGCCUGUCUUUCCAUGAAUUUUAUUCGCAUAGGUUUUUCAAGGUUUUUGAGAAGAGUUGAGAUGUAAAAACAAUUAUGGGAACUCAGAUGCAGUUUGAAAUCUAUAUAGAAAGUGCUUUUACUGAUGAGUUUGAUUCCCAAAAGGCGACAAGGCACCAGUUGAGAUCAAGUUCCAAAAAGAAAAAUUGUAUUAGAAGAGGUUUACUGACUGGGAACGUCAAGAUCUUCAAGCUCCAUCACUUUUCCAUGGAUCGUGAUGUCUUUAGGCUCAUUCCUUUUGUUUGGCCUUGAAAGGUGCAUUUUUGCAUUUUAGAGAACUGUUUUCGUAGUAACUCUGAGCUUAGAAGUUAGAAUUGAAUUUCAGAAAGUCUGCCUUGAUUGUAAUAUCUUGAGUCAUUUGGUUCCAUAAAGGGCAUGUUCAUGAUAUUAUAGAAAUCCUCCUAUGAAAGUGAGAUUGCUCGAGUUCUAUUUUUGUUGCUCCUCUUUUUGGAUGCUCAAGACCAAAAGCAUUAGUUAAAAGAGGUAUUAAUACGUAAUAUUGA